GGGAUCGAUAAGGCCGGGCGGUUACACUGCAGCCGACCAACCACUUCGACACUCGGCACCCAAGUUUUUUUUGCGCUAGUCCCGGCUUCACCCUCAAGAUGAAGCUGCUAAUACUAACCUGCCUCACGCUAUGCUUGGUGGCCUGUGAGGCUCAGCUAACCUGUCCAACCUACUGGACCCGCAACGGCAAUAGCUGCUACCGAACCUUCGGUCUGGCGCAGACUUACAUGCGAGCCAAUGACGUGUGCCAGUUGUUCACCUCGUGCGGCUCGACCGGUACGAGCACCGGGCAAGGGCACCUGGUCUCCAUCAACUCUAAGGAGGAGAACGAUUUCGUGUUCAGCUUCCUGGCCGGCCGCUACGGCGAGAUCCCGCCACCGCCGGGCUGGCUAGGCCUGAGCGACUACGACCCAGAGCAGGGCGGCCAGGGCAACUUCCGGUGGGCCGACGGCACCAUCCCCGGGUCCAGCACCUUCUCGGCCUGGGCCAACAACGCCCCGCGGCAGAACGGCAACAUAAACUGCGCGGUAUUCGGCGAGAUGAUCCUGCCCCGGUGGAUAGACAUUCCCUGCGAGGAGGAGCUACCGUACAUCUGCGAGGUGGCGGCCAGCGUCGAUGCCUGCUCGGCAGCCAGCAUGCCACCCGCUACCAACCCCCCUCCUUCACCGCUGCUGACGAGUCCCAAUAAACCUAAGACCAUUCGCUAUUCCAAAAAGCACAACAAGUACUCAGAACCAGUUUAGGCGGGCUAAAGUAAUUUGGAGUGACUCUGAAUAACAUUUGCUACGUCCAGUGAUUUGAUCCCCUUCUUCGAAGUCAGGGUUCCGGACUACAAAACAAGACGCCAGCCCCUUCAUCUACUAAGUCCAACUUGUGACAUGUUCAGACCUAAAAACUGACAAGAAUAACUACAUGUAUAAUAAUAUUUGUUUUCGUCGAGGCAGUUUUUGUUUUGCUCGUUUUACGGAUUUGAACUUAACAGGUAUGACACCUGACCCAUGACCCGGAUUCAUCACAUGAAACGUUGAUUUCAAAGUUGAUCAUCUUACUUGUUCAUUUAAGAUCUUUUUUUAAAUGAUAAAAGUGAUUAAAAAGGAAUUUUAAUACCGAUUUGUUGAUGAAAAACGAAUAAAUUCAACCAACCCUUUACAAUGGGAGUAGUUUA